GCUCCCGCCUCCCCGCCACCGCCUCCUCUAAUGAGCAUCUCUGCCUUGCUUUCAAUGGGCCGCUGCUGCUGUCGCUGCUGCUGUCCGCGCGGUUUGUGGAUGUUGUCGGCUCCGUGUUGUGAUGACAGGAGAAUGUGUGUGUGUCCCGGGCCCAGACGAAUUGGAAUCCCAGUCAGAACGUCCAGCCUACCGCUGUUCUCUGAUGCCAUGCCAGCACCGACUCAACUGUUUUUCCCUCUCAUCCGUAACUGUGAACUGAGCAGAAUCUAUGGCACUGCGUGUUACUGCCAUCACAAGCAUCUCUGCUGUUCACCACCGUACAUUCCUCAGAAUCGCCUGAGAUACACACCCCAUCCAGCAUAUGCUACCUUUUGUAGGCCAAGGGAGAGCUGGUGGCAGUAUACUCAAGGAAGGAGAUAUGCCUCCACACCUCAGAAAUUUUACCUCACACCUCCACAAGUCAACAGCAUCCUUAAAGCUAAUGAAUACAGUUUCAAAGUACCAGAAUUUGAUGGCAAAAAUGUCAGUUCCAUUCUUGGAUUUGACAGCAAUCAGCUGCCUGCAAAUGCACCCAUUGAGGACCGGAGAAGUGCAGCAACCUGCUUGCAGACCAGAGGGAUGCUCUUGGGCGUUUUUGAUGGUCAUGCAGGCUGUGCUUGUUCCCAGGCAGUCAGUGAAAGACUCUUCUAUUAUAUCGCUGUUUCCUUGUUACCCCAUGAGACCUUGCUAGAGAUUGAAAAUGCUGUAGAGAGUGGUCGGGCCCUGCUACCUAUCCUUCAGUGGCAUAAGCACCCCAAUGAUUACUUCAGUAAGGAGGCAUCCAAAUUGUAUUUCAAUAGCUUGAGGACUUACUGGCAAGAGCUUAUAGACCUCAAUACUGGAGAAUCAGCUGAUAUUGAUGUUAAGGAGGCUCUAAUUAAUGCUUUCAAGAGACUUGAUAAUGACAUUUCAUUGGAGGCUCAAGUUGGUGAUCCUAAUUCCUUUCUCAAUUACCUGGUGCUUCGGGUGGCAUUUUCUGGGGCUACUGCUUGUGUGGCCCAUGUAGAUGGUGUUGAUCUCCACGUGGCUAACACUGGCGAUAGUAGAGCCAUGCUUGGUGUGCAAGAAGAAGAUGGCUCUUGGUCUGCAGUCACACUUUCUAAUGACCACAACGCUCAGAAUGAAAGAGAAUUAGAACGUCUGAAACUGGAACACCCAAAGAAUGAGGCCAAGAGUGUGGUGAAGCAGGAUCGACUGCUUGGCUUGCUGAUGCCUUUUAGGGCUUUUGGAGAUGUGAAGUUCAAAUGGAGCAUUGACCUUCAGAAGAGAGUGAUAGAGUCUGGCCCAGACCAGUUGAAUGAUAAUGAAUAUACCAAGUUUAUCCCUCCCAACUAUCAUACACCUCCUUAUCUCACUGCUGAGCCAGAGGUAACUUAUCACCGAUUAAGGCCACAGGAUAAAUUCCUAGUGUUAGCAACUGAUGGGUUGUGGGAGACCAUGCAUAGACAGGAUGUGGUUAGGAUUGUGGGUGAGUACUUAACUGGUAUGCAUCAACAGCAGCCAAUAGCUGUUGGUGGGUACAAAGUGACUCUGGGACAGAUGCAUGGCCUUUUAACAGAAAGGAGAGCGAAGAUGUCAUCAGUCUUUGAGGAUCAGAAUGCAGCAACCCAUCUCAUUCGCCAUGCGGUAGGCAACAAUGAGUUUGGAGCUGUCGAUCAUGAGCGCCUCUCUAAAAUGCUUAGUCUUCCUGAAGAACUUGCUCGCAUGUAUAGAGAUGACAUCACAAUCAUUGUAGUUCAGUUCAAUUCUCAUGUUGUAGGAGCAUAUCAAAACCAGGAACAGUGAGUGCUGUUACCCUGGCAGUUCUCCAGUUCGAAGGGCAGAUUGACUUUUGAAAGAAACCAAUCCAGUAAAUAUUCCAAUGGGUCUUCCUAAACACUUCACAUCUGAUACUCUAGCUACUCCAUUAUUCCAGAUUGACUGCAACAGAUGGUAUCAUGAGUGUCUUUUCUGUCCCAUUGGUCCUCAUGGUUUCUGUACUUGAGACAGCUUGGUUCCUUAUUGCAGGUGUCUUUUAACUGACUUAACAAAGAAUGUGAAGAUUGGCAGAUAAGGUCUUGAAUAGGUCAAAAGCAAGGGUCUUUCUGGGAGUAUUAGUAAAGGCAAAAAAAAAAAAAAAA